UCUUCCGGCCCGUCCACAUCGUUAUCGUAGCGGACAUCGGUUGUUCAGCUGCCGAACCUACCCUCCACAUCGCGUGUGUUGGUACUUCAUAUUCGGGCGGGGCUGUCCACGCGCAUAUCCGGUGUAUGUAAGUUCAUACAAGACAUAAACCAUGGCGUCUACACGAGCAGGUGUAAGCCUCGUGCAGGCCUCGGCACUGUCAUUACGGGCCGCGUCUUCAGUUCGAGUCAACGCAGCGGCACAACUUCCCUUGCGACAAUACCAUAAUCAUACAGCGGGCCCGCACCGGGCCGUCCGCCUCCCCCAACAGUCCUCUCCAGCGUGCGCCAGCGGACCGUCAUCACCACUUAGGCAGAACAGCUCUCAAUUCGCGGCGAGCCGGGCAAGGUACUCCACCGACGCCGAGAGCUUGAGCAAGCCAAACAAGAUCUGGGACUUUGAGUCGCUCCAGAAAGCAACCUCAACCCCCAACCCAUCCGUCACCAUCAUUGACGUCCGCGAACCGCACGAGCUCCAAGAAUCAGGCCGCAUCCCCGGCGCGCUCAACAUUCCCGUGGCCUCGGCCCCCGACAGCUUCCACAUCUCGGACGAAGAGUUCGAGGACCGCUUCGGCUAUCCGCGGCCGGCGCCGGACGCCGAGGUGGUGUUUUACUGCCGCGCCGGCGUGCGCAGCCGUGCCGCGGCCGGCUUGGCGAGAGAGGCCGGUUGGAAGAACGUUGGAGAAUACCCUGGGAGUUGGCUGGAUUGGUUUGAAAAAGGGGGGAAGGUUGAGCGGUAGACGACAUGCAAUAGGAUGUGCAUGGAAUGAUAGCUGGAGGGGUUGUGCCAGUGAGUGCAGCACAGGCUGUCAAUACGCUGCUGCUGCUGCUGCUGCUGCUGCUGUCGGAAGAGCCCCGUCCCAUCAAAGAAGUGGAAGUGUACAUUAAAGCCAUGUUACCCCUGAACGCCCAGAUGCCUCCCCGUAAAAGCUGCAUGUUACACAACUUAAGCGUACAUAACCCUUUCCCUUCGCAAUCCGGUUCCCGUUUCAACCCCCACGCUCCUAGAACAGCCGCCCCGGGUCCGGUUUUGGCUGUUCGGGCCCAUCCUUGAGUGCCGGGCUGCCGUGCGCAAAGAAG